GAGCGACGCACAGCCAGUCCUCGCAGCAUCGCCACACUGAGUGCGUGUGUAGACAAGUGUCGCAGCGGUGCUCUGCGUGCGAGCGCUGCUUCCGCGCCGAUUCUUCACGCGCCGGCCAUUCCACUGGGCAAGGACCCCGGACAAACCGCGAAUUCGUCUCAGCACACCGUGACGAAGAGGUCUGCCGCCUCCACCGUUCCGAGUCGGCGUCGCGCGAGCUGGCAGGCCCUUCGCAAAGACUUCAGUUCCAUAGCCUGAGAGACGUGUGCGUCGCACAGCUGCUGCGUGCGUGGCGGCUCUGCGAACCCGUGCUGCCAUGAAGAAGAGGAACAGUCCGUCUGUUCGUGCCAGCAGGAUGUCACCGCGCGUGCCGCUGGCUGCAUUGAUGGCAUUACUGGUGCUGCCAUCUACGGAGGGACAGCUGAACCGCGCCCCGCAGUUCGUGCCAGGGGGCGACAUGGCGCGCUUCGCGCUACGUGAAGACACGUUGGUCGACGCGCCGGUGUACCAGCUGCGGGGAAGCGACCCAGAGGGCACCGCCGUCCACUACAGCAUCAGCGGCACGCACUUCACCGUAGACCGCGAGAGCGGCGUCGUCACACUCGCCAAACCGCUGGACCGCGAGAAGCAGGACCUCAUUGAAGUCAUCAUCAGUAUUACAGACGAGAGCGUGGGCGGCCUGGAGCCGAACACGGUGUCGCUGCGGCGCGAGGUGGCGGUGCUGGACGUGAACGACAACGCGCCCGCCUUCCACGGCCGGCCGUACGCGCUCAGCCUGCCCGAGACGACUCGCGUCGGCACCGUCGUCUUCGCCAACAUCAGCCUCACCGACGCAGACCUCGGCCGCAACGCCGACAUCGAGCUGGAGUGCCUCCGCGAGGCGGGCGACACCGACGACGCAGACGCCUGCGACACCUUCCACGUGUCCGCCGACAAGGUUGGCGAAGGCCACUUCGAGGGCCAGCUGCGGCUGGCGCGGCCGCUGGACUUCGAGCGGCGCUCCGCCUACAGCGUGCGCAUGCGCGCAACGGACCGCGCAGACGACCCCGCCAAGAGGAUGAGCGCCACCGCCAGAGUGGCCGUCGCAGUGAUCGACGUGCAGGAUCAGCCGCCCGCCUUCCUGGGCGCGCCCUACUCCGCCGCCGUACCCGAGAACUCGCCCCCGGGUACAACAGUACUUCGCAUUCGAGCCCGAGAUGGAGACAUUGGUGCACCAAGGCCUAUACUGUUGGAGCUACAAGGUGACCAACUCAAACAUUUCCGUCUGGAGCCAGUGGGUGGGCUACAGUCUGGAGAAGCUGAUCUUGUUACUUCUGACAUUCCCCUUGACAGAGAACAUCCAGAUAUGUUGCAGAGUGGAGGCAUAUAUACUUUCCUUGUCAAGGCAACUGAACUUAUAAAUGGUGAACUGCCAGGUGAUACGGCUACAUCCCAGAUCACAGUAAUAGUUACUGAUGUUGAUGAUCAGUUGCCUAAAUUUAAUGAGCCAUCAUUUAGGCUCAUGGUCUCAGAAGAUGUUGGUGCUGAUACACCUUUGCCAGGACUUGCAAUGGUGGUAGUUGAUUCUGACACUGGGGAAAAUGCACGCUACACAUUGAGCUUAAGGGGAAUACAGAAUGCACCUCCUGGUGUGUUUACUGUCCAUCCAGUAUCCGCACAGGGCAGGACUCCUGUAGUUGUGAGGGUUGCAGACCCAAAAGAGCUUGACUAUGAUGUGGAUGAUGAGAGCAAGAGAACACUUGUGUUUGACGUUGUGGCCUCUGUCAACAGAAAUGGAAGUGAAGAAGAGGUAGCAAGUUCUCAAGUAACAGUGAAUCUAGUGGAUGCCAAUGACAAUGCUCCAGUCUUUCCACAAUCAUCUUACAGAUUAAGAGUUCCAGAAGAUGUUUUGCCUGGAAUGAAAAUAGCUAAUAUAACAGCAGUGGACAAGGACAGUGGAGAGUUUGGAAAAAUAAUGUAUGCCAUUCGUGGCUUUGGAUCAGAGGCAUUUACCACAGAUCCAGUUGGAGGAGGUGUAUUUCUUUCCAACACUUCUCAAGGUUUAGAUUUUGAAAAACAAAAAUCAUACUCACUGACAUUGGAAGCAGUUGAUGGGGGAGGCCGUGUGUCUGCUGUGAACUUGUUUGUAGAUGUAGAAGAUGUAAAUGACAAUGCUCCAGUUUUUGAACAGCAGGAAUAUAGCCGAACUGUAAGGGAAGGAGCAACCAGUUUUGAGCCUCAGUUUUUCAUUCACGCAACUGAUGUGGAUGGUCCUACUCAAGGCGGAGGAAAAAUUUUUUAUAGUUUGGUAUCACCAAAUGCAGAAGGUGUUCUUUUUGUAGAACCAGUGAGUGGAGAAGUGAAACUAAACACUCCAGCUAGGGCUGCAGACACUCAGCUUGGUCAAUAUGAAUUCACUGUACGAGCUACAGAUGCUGGAGAUCCCCCAAAGCAUAGUGAUGUUCACGUAGCAGUGAGAGUGGGAGUGCCUGGGAAUCAGCGACCAGUUUUCAUUGGCCACCACAAUAUUGGUGAAAAUGCACCCGCCAGCUAUGCAGCAGUUGUUAAGGAAAAUGCUACGCCAGGCACUCUGGUUUCUAAAGUAACUGCAACUGAUCCUGAUGGGCAGGACAGCUUAUUGAGAUAUUUUAUUGCUGCUGGUGCUAGAGACAACUUUGUUAUUGAUAACAAAACUGGAGAGAUUACCGUAUCCCCAGAAGCUCAUCUAGAUCUGGAUUCAGGAAUAGACCAUUUUGAUGUGGUUGUUCAUGCUGUGGACUCUGGAAGUCCAGUGCGUGAGACGGCUACAGCUACUGUUGCCAUUAAUGUAACCGAUGUUAACAAUAAGCCUCCUGCAUUUCUGGAUUCUGAUUCAUCUUACAUCCAGUAUAUUUCAGAAAGGGCACCAGUUGGUUCAACAGUGACACGCAUCUCUGCCCAUGAUCCAGAUUCUAAUGCUGUGCUUCAGUAUUCUAUUCUUAAGCCAGUCCGCGCUAUUGACCACACUGGAGUUUCACUUCAGCCUGGACAGACUGCAGAUUUUGACUUCCAGUCUGCCUUUGCUAUCAAUUCAACAACCGGAGAAAUCACAGUGGCACGGCCAUUGGACCACCAGGCAGCUGCUAUCAUAAUCCUGACAGUGCAAGCUCAAGACAAGAAUGCUGAAGAGAUGAUUGAGCAGCAAGUUGCCACAGCAGAAGUAACUAUCUACGUUCAGGCUCAUUCUGAUUCCAACCCUGUCUUCACCAUGUCUGGAUGGUCACAUAUAAAUCCAGUUAUAAGGAUCAGAGUCCCAGAGGAGCAGCCUAUUGGAACAACUCUUCUUAUGCUGUCAGCAGUGGACCCAACUUCUGGUCGACCUGUUACACGUUUUGAAGAAAUAAAACAAGAUGUUGCACAACAAACUUUCAGUAUUGGUCUGCAGUCUGGAAAUGUUGUUCUUAACAAAAGAUUGGAUUAUGAAACACUUGACAAUAAGAAUUUAACUUUUAAAGUUCGAGCAGUUGCUGAUGUGGGAAGAUUCAGUGAUGCUACUGUGGUUGUGGAAGUGCUGGACAUUAAUGAUCACACUCCAAAAUUUAGUCAGCAGGAAUACUCUGCAAAGGUACUAGAGUCAGCCAGACAUCCAGAACAAGUUUUAGUGAUUAAAGCAACGGAUGAUGACAGCAUAAAUGGCACAGAAGGAUUUGGUGUGGUGUCAUAUUCUUUAUCUGGUGAGAGUGCCAGUCUUUUUACUGUUGAUCCCACUAUUGGCAUUGUGAGAAUAGCACAAGGGGCAGAGCUGGACCGCGAGUUCCAAGCUUCACUGCGGUUCACUGUAGUUGCUGCAGAUACACCUCAGGGUGGUUCUAAUCAAAGGAGAGCCAGUGCACCUGUUGUUAUUGAGGUCUUAGAUGUUAAUGAUAAUGCUCCAAAAUUUGGGAAGCGACUGUACUCAGCAGUGGUACCAGAAAAUGUUGGUCUGGGUGCUAAUGUCAUUACUGUCACUGCAACAGAUCCAGAUGAAGGGCCAGGUGGUGAAAUUGCAUAUGAAAUUCUGGAUGAAGGAGAAGCAGCUGGGCUAUUUGAAAUCAACCAAACAACAGGUGAAAUCAGGACAAAGAGACAGCUGACAGGCAAGGGUCGCACAGACCCAUAUCAGCUGAUAGUACGCGCACAAGAUGAAGGAAGUCCUGCUCUGAGUUCUGAUGUUCCAUUAAGCAUUUUCAUAGGCGAUGUAUUUACCAAUGAUGGUGUUCCCAUAUUUGUUCGACCAACUCUUGAUGAAGUUGCAUAUGUCUCAGAGAAUUCCACUAUAGGUUCUCCUGUGUUCCAUGUUCAAGCUACUGAUCCAGAUGAUCCCAACUCUCCCAAUGGAAUGAUAUUCUACAAAUUCCUUCAUAGUGGGGCUGAAUAUCAAGCUUUUAAAAUUGAUCGGCUGACAGGACUGAUCACAACACGCACUUUACUUGAUCGUGAAUCCCAAGAUAGUUAUGAACUACAAUUGGUAGUGCAAGACAAUGGAGAUCCACCACAGCAGGCCACAAGAUUACUGAGAGUGAAGGUUACUGACAUUGAUGACCAUCCACCACUGUUUCAGAGAAUGCUGGAUGAUGAACCACAAAUUUUUUAUGUUGAGGAAGAAGUGCCAAGUGGGACUGAAGUUGGCUAUGUGGAAGCAUUUGAUGGAGAUAUUAAUGAAAAUGCAGAAAUUGAUUAUCUUAUCACUUAUGGCAAUGAAGAUGGACUGUUCAAUAUUAGUAGAACUACUGAUAACAGAGGUUUGAUUACUGUUGCUAAAAGGCUUGACAGAGAAGAGUCAGCAGAACAUGUCCUUACUGUUAAAUGCUUCAAAAGAUCUCUGAGGCCUCAAAGCUUACGUAAACAGUACAACAGACAGGAUCCAUCUGAGAUGCAGGUGAAAGUGAAAGUGGAUGACAUAGACGACAACAAACCAGUAUUUUACCAAGACAAUAUUACUAUUGGUGUACGGCUGAAUGUGCCUAUUGAUACUUCCUUAUUGACACUAGAGGCAACAGAUGCUGAUGCAACAGCUGAUCCUUUCAGCUACAUGCUGGUUAACACAACAUUCUUCUCAUUUGCACCAUCUAGACUAGAUGUUGUCAGCACACAAACAGAUGGAAAUGCAACAUUUCGGUUAGAUGAGAAGACAGGAGAACUUCGAACAUUUGGAAGCAUGUUGGAUUUUGUGGAUGGCUAUUUUGAGCUUCAUGUUAUUGCCAAUAAUAGCCUUCGAGAGGACUGGUUGGCUGAAGCAAGGGUGAAGAUAUUUGUAGUUCGAGAUCGCGAUCUUCUGAGAUUUGUCUUCACUCGGCCACCUACAGUGAUACGUCGACUACUACCUGAGUUCCAGCGAGCUGUCGAAAAAGCUCUUUUGCUUCCAGUCAGUCUGAAUGUGUAUGAUACACAGUUCUACAGCAAGGAUGAUGGAAGCCUGGAUUUUGGCAGUACAAGUUCUUGCUUCCAAUUAGUGGGAAAAGAGAGUUAUGAUCUAAAAGAUAUGGAGUCAUUACUACGAGACUCUGGCAAUUCUGACCUUGAUAAAGUGUACAGUGACUUUGGAGUUCAGGCAGUACAGAGAUGUGCUCCACCUAUUGCAAAGGCUGAAGCAUCGUGGAUACAGCUGUGGGUGCUGGCAAUAGCUGGCUUUGUUGGUGCAGCAGCUCUAAUUGCUGUUAUUGUCACAUGCUGCCUUUAUAGUGGGUACAAGCAGAAACUGAGGCGCUGCUUGCCACCUCCACGCACACUGUCAGUACCUGCUGGCAGCUUUGUUACAUCGGGAGCAAGUGGCGGAGCUCCGACUGUUGUCCUGGGGCCACCUCCACCACAAGCAGAAUGGGGAGCUCAUGACAACCUCUCGUACCACAGCAUCCCAGCACGAUGAACUAUGAUCAUAUAUUUCACGUGUUUUAUGGCAUAUGAAAGAUACACUGCAAGAAAUACUACCUCAUGUCAGAUUUCUGAUAUGUGUAAAUAGCUUAUUAAUAUGGUAUUCAUUGCUAUGCAAUGACAAAUAUUAUAAGAAAUGUCUUCCUGAUGAUAUAUCCAACAGAUAUCUACUUACAAGCUGAAUCUUGUGCAUUCAGCAGAGAAAAAGUGAUAGCUGUUCUGAUGAUAUAGGGAUUCAGCAGUAUACUAAAGAGUGAAUAAUAUAAAGUUGUUUGAUACUUUUACAACAAUUAUAAAAAUAAAUUAAAUCAUGCUUCAACAUUUUAUUGCUCUGAAAUUAAUAUGUGAGAGCUUUCAGCAACUGCCGACUUUCUAUCUGUGAUAUACGUUACUUAAAUAUUGUGAUUCAGCAAGUUAAGGCUGUUGAAACUACUGUAUAUGUAUAAAUACAAAUAAGAAAUGAGUAUCUUACAUCAAGUGAAUGACAGAUGCAGUCAAAACAGUACUUGUUCGGUCUCAUAAAUAUCUUUCAGAACUAUUUAUGUUUCUUGCUGUGGUUUAUUUUGCUGCAGCUACUAGUCAUACUAUCAACCAAAGCUGCAGUGAAUUUUGCUAUUCUUAGCCGGAGCAUACAAUAUAGCUUUUCUGUGACAUUCAUUAAUCACUGUGUUUAGAAAGGCAGGGGAAAUAUGUGACCAUUGCAGCUGUCAGUAAGUUACCAAUCAGUUUAAAUUCUGUCACUGUUUAUUGCUUUUAGUAUGAGUUCACUGUCAGAGGUGUCCCUUAUGAAUACUUUCAAUCUUUGAAUCAUGAUCUAUUUUUGUUUCAUGAAUGUAAAACAGUUGUUGUAGUUCCAACUUUAAUUUUAGGUAAGUCCUUAUUAGUCUACCAUGGUACCCAUCACAAACGUAGACACAUCAAUGAAAUAAGCAGAAGCAAUAAAAUUUGUUCACAUUUUUGAAACAAGUCUCUCACAAACACUGGAAGAUCAUAUUUAUCCCACUUUACAGCACAUCCAGAUGUGAUUUCUCUGAGUUUCUAACUUCAGAUGCCGAUAUCAUACAUAUGAUAAUCAAUGUUAAAAAUGGCAUAAAUGUUUCUUCUAGUUGAGGAAAGUUUAUUCUGCCAUAUAAAUGUGACCAAGUGAGGGAAUACAACAUGAUCUGUCUUUAUCCCUCAUCUGCCCAGAAACAUAUGUCUAAAUUGAUUAACAUUCAGAGAAAAAAAAAUUUCAUGGUACACUCAUUGUGUGAAAGUGCUAUGUUGGAACACAAGAUGGGGCUUGGAGCAACCUAAUUACUUCCAUUUUCUUCUAGUUUACUGUUGUGAAAUACAAAAUAAAUGAAAAUUAGUAUGUUAAACUAUUUUUGUGAUGUAUUAAUACCACUGUUUUGUAAAUUGUGUUUUUGUAAAUAUUUGUUUCAAUGCAUGUAUACGUUAACUUCAUCUUGUAAACCUUAUGUAAAUAAAUUAUUUCCCAGAAGAGAAA